AUGUUAGAAUACGAUUAUUCAUCAGCAGUAGAAAAUGGUGUUUUGAGAUAUCUUGAAAUCAAAUACCGUGAUCAUAAAGUAGCUCUAUUGAACAGCAAGGGAUCAUAUGGUAAAAUAUAUAAAAUUACUAACACGAAUGAUCAAACAAAGAUAAAGGCUUUAAAAGUAAUGAGAGAUGUUGACAAUUUUGAUAUUCAUCAUUCUCUAGAAGAAGGUACUAGAAUGUUAAAAUAUUCACAUUUAAAUUGUAAUAUUGCAAAAGUAUUUGAUGUUUUUAUUUUGUAUCCUCAAGAGGCAGAACGUAUUAUGGGUUUAGAUGAAAGUGGUCAGCCACCAUUUCAACACAAGCAUCUAUGUAUUGAAAUGGAAUAUUAUGAGAAUGGUUCUCUUGAUUCUGUAUUCAAGAGUAAUCAAGAUCCAAGUAGGGAUUCUAAACCCAAACUAACAAGUUCAAUUUUGAAACAAAUAUUGAAACAAAUUACUUUGGCUUUGAAGCACGUUCAAGAGUACGAUCACAUCAUUCACAAUGAUAUUAAACCUGAUAAUAUUCUAGUUGGUAAUAUAGAACAACAGGUUGAUAAUGAUCAAAUCAUUGAUAUUCAAGUAUAUUUGAGUGAUUUUGGUUUAGCUAUAACACCUAGUGAAUCACCUGCAUCAAACUACAAUCUCAAAAAGCCAUUCUAUCCAUAUGAAGAAAUACCAUCUAAAAGUGCUGAUAUUUUUGCUUUAUCAGUUAGUUUAUAUGACUUGACAACUAAACAAUUAACAGCACAACAAGAUAGAAGUCUCAGAAAUGUACAAUGUGAUGAUGAAACAAUUAGAAUGAAUUAUCAUAAUGCUGGUAUAUCAGAUGAUCAAUUAAUUAAUGUUUUAAUAUCAAUGAUGAAUAAGGAUGCAUCGAAACGACCAACAUGUGAUCAAAUAUUAGAUGGCAUUGGAGUUACCUAUGAAAAAACAUUGUUUGUAAAGAGAUUUGAAGCUAAAACCAAUUCAAAGAAAACCUCAUGGCUCAUUUAUUGUUUGAUAGCUCUCUUGUUUUGCUUGGCAGCUUACUUCUGUUAUCCAUAUUUGGAGGCAGGACUAUUAAAACAGAAAUCUAAAAACAUGGAUUUGGGUAAGGAGCUUAUCCUAAAUUCCAUUGAAAGUCCAAAAGAAGAUGUGUGA